CCCGACGAGACAGAGUGGAUCCAAGGAUUGGAGAAAAGAGAAUAAUAAACCCUAAUUUACCGACCGAUUCGAAACAGCAAGAUGAUGCGAACUCAAUUUGCCAAGGUAAAAAAAGGGUUUUCUUCAUCAUCCAGAGGCAGAGGGACUCACAAUUUCUCCACCAUCCCGUCCUCUUCAUCCAUCUCCUCGAUCGUCAAACGUCGGUGGGAAAACCAGAAUGUUCCGAUUCUUUGCGUUGCAUUUCUGGGUGGAUACAUUGCUCACUUUUAUAUAAAUUAUCAGAAGAGGAAAGAGCACUGGUACAAAGUAGACAGAAUGUACAACGAGACCUUCAAGCGUUCAGAAGAACUGGAUAAUAGAUUUGACCGAUAUAUCAGGGGAGACUAUGAUGAUCCUGAAUCGAGAGCUCUUAAAUAACUUCAAUUGUCUAUCGUGUCUUUUUUCUUUCAAAAUGCUCUAUGUUGCAAGCUCUUCUUAUUAUCUAUGCAUGUGACCCAAUCUCCUUGUAUGUUUUCGGUAUUUUAUAUUCGUGGAUUUUGACUAUAAUUCGAUUUAAUAGAUGUUUGUGGACAAGUAGUAACUUACU